CACACAUACGACGCAGGACUAGUUGUUCCUGAUGCCUGAAGAACUAGAAAAGCAUAAUUUAAUCUUUUUUUUGCAUAUUAACAUUACUUACUGAAGGCAUUCUGAACUUUGAUCACUAUGGGAGUUCAGGGACUUCACAGGUACAUCAACAACAGUGAUUUUCUGAACAACUGCUGCUUUGGACAAAGCAAACUCAUCAUCGACGGAUCCACUUUGUUCUAUUGGCUUUACUUUGGAUCUCGUUUGGACCGAAUACAUGGUGGAGAUUAUAAUUAUUUUGAGGAAACAGUUACACUAUUUUUCAACAAUCUCAGAAUGUGUGAUAUUGAACCCUAUGUGGUGCUUGAUGGAGGCUUUGACAUCAGAGGAAAAAAAUUUGACACCAUGAAGAAAAGAUGCCAAUUAAGGAUCAAAAGUGCUUGUGCCUUGUCUAGCGGUUGUUCAGGAGAAAUUUUACCAAUUCUUAUCAAAAAUGUGUUCAAGCAGGUUCUCUGGAACCUCAGGGUUCCCUUUAUUCAGUGUCUGGCAGAGGCGGACUGGGAAGCAGCUGCUUUGGCCAAUGAGUGGAACUGUCCUGUUCUGUCGAAUGACAGUGAUUUCUACAUCUUUGGCAACCGUGGUGGAUUUUUGCCCCACACUCAUUUCCAGUGGAGGAAAGUGAACCAUCAUAAAUCUACUGGCAAAAAGUUUAUCCAUGCCAAAUGGUUUGGUUUUAAGAAUCUAUGUGACACUUUUAACCAAAUGAAUAAACAUCUUCUUCCGCUUUUUGCUACCAUCCUUGGCAAUGACUACAUCAAAAUGGACAAGAGAACAUUUCCAAACUUCACUAAGUUCUCCAGAUCCAGAAGCCAGAUUGAUGGCUUGCUCAGGUGGUUAUCACAAUUCUCUGAACCAGAAAAAGCCAUUGAUGCUCUCCUGGGCCCUGUGGGGAUGAACAAGAAAUCAGACAACCCUCGCACUGCAAUGAUUCAGGAAACAGAAGCAUACAAACUUAAACCAAGCUCCAUAGCCCAGUUCUUUAUAAGUGGAGAAGCUCAGAGCAGACCUCCAGGUCUUUUGCAGAACCUGCCAGACUGGACUCUGAAACCUCUGGCGGAAGGCAAGCUAGCUUCCAGCGUUAUAGCAGUCCUGACACAACAGAAGGUCAUAAUGAACUUCCAGGUGGAGGAUUUUGAACUGAGCAGCAGCAGCAACACAUCUCGGCUCAUACGGCAGGUGACAUAUGGUCUACUGCUGUGUACAGAAAGGUGGCAGAAAGUUAGUAAACACAGUAAGUCUGCUGUAGUGAAACAACAAUAUAAUGUGGAGGAAUAUGACAGACAGAAAACCACACUGACCAAGUCUACGGUUCAAGCUUUUCUACCAAGAUGUGUAGAAACACAACUUCAUUUAGACUCACUGUGGGAGGUUCCACAGGAUUUGCGUCUGCAGGUCAUGUUAGAGGCUCUUGAUGUGUCUCCGAUUGCUGAUUCAAUCCAUGUCCCUGAGAAGCUACAGCUAGCAGUGUAUGUCACGUGUUUCUGGUUGAAACAAGCAAAGCCCGAACCAAAAGCUGAAAUAUUUUGGGCUUUACUGACCGGCUUCGUCUAUGGACACCUGUGCAGAGAACAACAACCUGAGAAAGAGAUUUUAGAGAUUUUGGAAAAGCUUAAUCGUUACGAUAGUAAGACCGUGGAUCUAGAGUUGGCACAUGCCUUUUGCCAGUGGCAGUGCUGUUUGAAGGACAGUUUCACUCUGAACCAGCUACUGAAUCAUCCAGUGCCGGAACCAGAGUUAGCAAGGUUGUACUGUGGCUCGUUGGUGCAUGGUGUGGCCCGUGAGCUGAAAAGAGGAACAGAACCUAAAUCUUUUCUCGCUGGAUCUUCAGUCGCAAUCAGCCUUUAUCAAAAUCUCCAGGCUGCAGUGGAGAGUGAGCUGGAUGAUGACUUCAUCACAAGAUUGAAGACCAGGACAUGGCAGAGGGAACACCAGGAGUCAGUGGAGGAAACAAGCAGAGCUUUUCAAAAUAUGUCAGGUGAGGAAGAGGAGAAAGAAUCUCACUGCAUGAAAGAUGACAAGGUGCCUGAAAAAACCUGCAGCAUUCGUACAAGACAUAAAACCAAACACAGAUCUUCAAAAUCCAAGAGAAAGAAACGUAAUCGCGGAAGGCGGCACUAGAUGUAUGUGGUUUGUUUUUAAAUAAUGGUUUGCUUAACAAACAUGCAUGAACAUAAAAGAAAAUUGUGGUU